UGAGAAUACAAGUCGUACGGGGAGAUUUGAAACCUUACUUGUGGAGAUGCAAAGAAUUUUAUGUAGUUUAUUUAAUCUUAUUUUAUCCCACAACUGUUUCUAAAGAUUGAACCUUAUUUUCUGCAAGAAUAUUAUGCUUUUUCUUAACUAAGAGCUUCAUUAGUUUUCUUUUUGACACAACACAUUGCUCAAGUUACAUAAUAACAUCUGCCCAAUGAACUGAAAAUAGUAAUACCAAUCUUCACAAUAGAAACCAAAUUAAAUAGAAAUUAAUUUUCAAAAUUCUUGCAGGAAUUGAAAUUGUUGAGAGGCUAUCCACCAUGGGGAUAGCAGUGAACCUGGUGACAUACUUGAUUGGAACCAUGCAUCUGCCAAGCUCAACUUCAGCCAAUGUUGUCACUGAUUUUAUGGGCACGUCGUUUCUCCUGUUUUUGCUUGGAGGUUUUCUUGCUGAUUCCUUUGUUGGAAGAUACAGGACAAUCGGAAUCUCCGCUGCAAUACAAACACUGGGCACUGCAACAUUAGCAAUCUCAACAAAAUUGCCACAACUACGUCCACCACCUUGCAAUGCUACAACAGGCGGUGAGAAUUGCAAGCAAGCUAAUGGAUUUCAAAUGGGAUUUUUUUACAUGGCUCUGUACAUUGUUGCUUUAGGGACUGGUGGCCUGAAGUCUUGUGUUUCUGGGUUUGGAACAGACCAGUUUGAUGAGAAAGAUGAGAAGGAGAAGUCUCAGAUGGUCUAUUUCUUCAAUAGGUUCGUCUUCUUCAUUAGUUUUGGAACUCUGAUGGGUGUCACAGUGCUUGUGUAUAUAGAAGAUGAAGUGGGUCGAAGCUUGGCAUGCGGAAUAUGUUCUGCUUCUAUGGUUAUAGCCAUUUUGGUAUUCUUAUCUGGAACUAAAAGAUACAGAUAUAAGCAAGGCUUGGGAAGCCCCAUUAUCCCUAUUUUCCAAGUCAUUGUUGCUGCAAUAAGGAAAAGGAAGGUCAAUCUGCCAUCCAAUGUUGAAUCUUUAUUUGAGGACACCCCUGAGGCUUCAAGAAUUAAGCAUACAGAUCAGUUCCGUUUCUUGGAGAAAGCAGCAAUUGUGGCAGAAGGUGAUUUUGAGAAGACGGUAUCUGCUUCUGCUCCGAACCCUUGGAAACUAUGCUCAUUGACAAGGAUAGAGGAGGUUAAGAUGAUGGUGAGUCUGCUACCAGUGUGGGCCACAACCAUCAUGUAUUGGACCACAUACGCACAGCUGAUCACCUUCUCAGUUGAGCAAGCCUCCACUAUGGACAGAUCCAUUGGGAAUGUCCAGAUUCCUGCAGGCUCUCUCACUGUCUUCUUUGUGCUAGCCGUACUAAUCACUAUCGCUGUUUAUGAUCGUCUCAUCAUGCCCCUUUGGAAAAUGUGGAAAGGCAAACCGGGUUUUACCAACCUACAGAGAAUUGCAAUUGGGCUAGCACUUUCAACUUGUGGAAUGGCAGUUGCUGCAUUAUGUGAGAGAGAAAGAUUGAAGGUAGCAAAAGGAGCGAGUCCAACCUUAAGAAAGCUUCCUAUAAGCGUUUUCCUGCUAAUUCCACAGUUCUUGUUGGUUGGUUCUGGCGAAGCCUUCGUAUAUGUAGGCCAACUCGACUUCUUCUUAACGCAGUCCCCAAAAGGCAUGAAAUCCAUGAGCACGGGUCUCUUCCUGACCACCUUAUCUCUCGGUUUCUUUGUCAGUAGCUUCCUAGUCUCAGUUGUGAAGAAAGUGACUGGGACUAAAGGUGGAGAGGGAUGGCUAGCUGAUGAUAUAAACAAUGGAAGGCUGGAUUUGUUCUAUGCACUGUUAACCAUUCUAUGCUCAAUAAACUUUGCUGCAUUUCUGGUGUCUACAAUGUGGCACGGGCCUAAAAGAUCUAAACCUGCUCCGCAAAUGGCGGUAGUGGACAAGUCAUUGGCAGAUAGGUUAUAAGGAUUUUUUAUGGUUAAUUGUAGCCAGCCAGAAGGUUUUACAAAGUUUGGUUUGUUAUUCCUAACAACGUCGAGGACUCAGCAUAGAUAUUAGAAAAUAAACCAUGACUCCUCACCAAAAAGAUUUUGGGUUGAGCCGCCAAAGCUGAUCAAAUAGAAGUACUUCCGAUUCCACUGGUGAGCGAAUUUCCCUAUGCUCGGAGAAUUCUGAAUUUUGAUGCAGCAUGGCAUGAAGAAACAAGAGAUUUGAUUUGCAGUUUGAUAUGUCAUUUUGUUUGCAAACUGGGUGGGUGUUCAAGCUGGAGCUCGAAUUCCUUGUCCGGUGAAAUAGUAAAAUAAUUGUCUUACAUAUUUUUGUCUGUCGUGUUUGUCAUUGUUUGGUUUGUUUAUAUAAUCUGUUAUUUGAGUCUCGUUCUGUAAUG